AUGUAUGCAAGUUUGCAAGCACGCAAAGUACUUGAAUACGAAUACGCAGCUGCGGAAAAAAAUACGUGGUGUCCUGACAAGUGGACACUGUGGUCCAGUGCAAUGACAAGAUUAGUGUCUCAGGACAUGUUCCUCCAGAUUUUCACAUCCAUACGGCAGUUGCUUGAAAUGUGCUUUGCGGAUGAAUUGAAGCCAGUGGCCGUUACUGUUGAUCUGAUUGAUGUCGUGUAUGAAAUCCCAAAGAAUGAAACUGCUGAACCAUCGAUAAUUGUCAUAGAUGAUCACUUUUUAUCGAAAGUCAUCAAAGAAUACUAUCCACGGCAUCCAUCUUUUGUUUUAUCUGGUGAUUCAAUCGAUGGACUGGGGAAAAUCAUUCGUGAGAUCAAAUCAGCAGAAAUUUGGAACCCAAAGUCGCUGUUCGUCAUUGUUGGAACGCAAUGUCAGGAUUCGAUAGACGUGCUGAAGUUAAUGUGGAGAAUAGAAGCUAUUUCAUCAUUCUUCAUCUGUCAAGAAAAGUCUACCAAUGAAACGCUGAUCUUUACGUUUAACCCUUUUUCAAACUACGCACCAGAGCCUUGGCAACAGGUGGAAAUUAAUGGCGAUUCGAAAGAUAGAUGGACGAUCUUCAGUCAAUUUUUCGUUAAUGAUGCAGAGAUUUGUGAGAGCAUCAAAUUCGACAAAUCGGUACGGUUAGACAGAUUUCCAAUAAAAAGUCAACAUUUGAGUUUUAAAGAUUUUCCAAAAAAAUAUGUUUUAAUCGGUAAGCUACCAGAUUUUGAAAAUUGGCCAUCAGUUUAUAAAGAUUUGUUUGAAACUUUGCAUUUAGUAACGAACAGCACACCAGAAUCGUAUGUGAAUACUGAUUUGGAUUAUCGAUCAAUACAAUUUGGAACAAAUGACUUAGAUGCACGCGUGCUCCAGUUAAAAUUUGUUCCCCUAGAGUCUAGUGACGUUAUGGCUUUUUAUGAUCAAGGUAGUUACGUAAUUUUAACGCGAAAACAAAGCACCGUUCCGGUAAUGGAUGAAAUCGUAGAUGGUUAUUUUAAUAUUUGGACAGCUACUAUGUCGGGUUUCAUUUUGAUGAUGAUUCUAGUUGUUAUUUAUGUAAAUCACCAUCAUCAUCUCCGCAACACUCUCUCAGAUAUGUUGUCGCUGAUGUUAGACAUAGAUUUAAAGGUCCCGAUGAACCUACUGUCAAUGCAACUAUCCUUUUUUUUCGCGACUGUAUUUAUGUUGAUUUUUAAUCCUGUGUUGGAGGGUUAUUUAUUCGGUGCUCUCGCGAAACCGGUAAGUCAACAAGUCGAUACCCUAGAACAGUUGCGUGAAAACAAAUUACAUGUAUACUAUGAUUAUAUAAUGGAUGAGGAAAUAAUAAUGACAGGACUGUGGUCGGAUACUUCGGAUAAGAAAUAUUUACACUUAGAGGAUGACUUUAAUUAUCUAGAGUGCGAACGAAUUCUUUUACAAAAUGCCUCAACUGCUUGUGUUAUAUCUACUUUUCAUCUUAAUCUUAAAAAAAUUCAUGAUGAUAUACAUUUAUCUAAAUACUCAUAUUUUAACGAGUAUGAAGUAUUAUUUAGUAGAAAAAAAUGGCCACUCAAAGAUAAAUUCGAUAAGGUUGCGAUGAAUUUUGUCGAGACCGGGCACGCGGAUUAUCACCGAAGAAAAUCUCUUUUUGAGCGAAUGUUACAGAAAAAGAAAAUAAUUGAUAGACUCAAAACCGCAGAACAAUAUGAACAAUUAGACUUCGGGUAUUUCGAAUAUGACUAUCUUAUAAUCCCUUUAAUCUCUUCAUGGACAAUCUUGGUACUGAUUAUCGAAAUAAUUAUCAAGAAAUUUCAGACUUGGAACAAAAAACGACGCCAAAAGUCAAUAUCCCAAAAAUCUCAAAUUCGCCAGCGGAUUGCAGGCUUAGUUAGACGAAUGACUGGCUGCUGUCGCUCAGACAGAACAAGUCGUGUAAAAAUCGCAUGA